CCCCCCCCCUCCGCUUCCCCGCACCCCCCUCUUGCCCGGGUCUACUCACGGUCCCCUCUUUCCCUCCCCGGUCUCCUGCUCUUACUCUCGAGUCACCUCAAAAACUCUCUGCGUGUGGCUCGGGCGCUUGGCGGGGGUGCCCGCCCACUUUCCCGGCCUCCCUUUUGGAAAAUUUGCGGGACAAGCACGGUGUCCGUUUCCCGGGAUUUCCCCCCCGUCGGUGCACUCCCUACUGCCCUCCGUUCAUCCCCGCGCUGCCCGGCGGAUCCAGGGCCAUGGCGAGCGGCGGGGGCAGGUACCGGCUGAGUUGCUCGCUCCUGGGCCACGAGCUGGACGUGCGGGGCGUGGUAGCCGGCCUUUACCCGCCGGGGGCCUUCGUGUCGGUGUCCCGCGAUCGCACCACCCGCCUGUGGGCCCCAAACAGUCCUAACAGGGGUUUUAUUGAAAUGCACUGUAUGAGUGGCCACUCCAAUUUUGUUUCUUGUGUGUGUAUCAUACCAUCAAGUGAUAUUUAUCCUCGAGGACUAAUUGCCACUGGUGGAAAUGACCACAAUAUUUGCAUAUUUACACUGGAUAGUUCAGCACCACUUUAUAUAUUGAAAGGUCACAAAAACACUGUUUGUAGCCUUUCGUCUGGAAAAUUUGGAACAUUACUUAGUGGCUCAUGGGACACUACAGCCAAAGUCUGGCUCAAUGACAAAUGCAUGAUGACAUUACAGGGUCAUACAGCAGCAGUAUGGGCAGUGAAGAUAUUGCCAGAACAAGGUUUAAUGUUGACUGGAUCAGCAGACAAAAGUAUUAAACUUUGGAAAGCUGGAAGGUGUGAAAGAACAUUCUCUGGUCAUGAAGACUGUGUGAGAGGUUUAGCAAUUCUAAAUGAAACAGAAUUUCUUUCCUGUGCAAAUGACGCCAGUAUUAGAAGAUGGCAAAUCACUGGCGAGUGUCUUGAAGUAUUUUAUGGGCAUACAAAUUAUAUUUAUAGUAUAUCUGUUUUCCCAAAUUGUAAAGAUUUUGUGACAACAGCAGAAGACAGAUCUCUGAGAAUCUGGAAAGAUGGGGAAUGUACCCAAACAAUCAGACUUCCAGCACAGUCUAUUUGGUGCUGCUGUGUGCUAGAAAAUGGUGACAUUGUGGUUGGUGCGAGUGAUGGCAUUAUCAGAGUGUUUACAGAAUCAGUGGAACGGACAGCCAGUCUCGAAGAACUUCAGGCCUUUGAAAAUGAACUUUCUCGGGCAACUAUUGAUUCAAAAACUGGUGAUUUGGGAGAUAUUGAUGCUGACCAGCUUCCAGGAAGAGAGCAUCUGAAUGAACCUGGUACUAGAGAGGGACAGACACGUCUGAUCAGAGAUGGGGAGAAAGUUGAAGCCUAUCAGUGGAGUGUUAGUGAUGGAAGGUGGUUGAAGAUUGGUGAUGUUGUUGGCUCAUCUGGAGCUAAUCAGCAAACUUCUGGAAGAGUUUUAUAUGAAGGAAAAGAAUUUGAUUAUGUUUUUACCAUUGAUGUCAAUGAAAGCGGGCCUUCCUAUAAGUUGCCAUAUAAUACCAGUGAUGAUCCUUGGUUGACAGCAUACAACUUUUUGCAGAAGAAUGACCUAAAUCCCAUGUUUUUGGAUCAAGUGGCCAAAUUUAUUAUUGAUAACACAAAAGGGCAGACAUUAGGAAAUGUGAACACUGACUUUUCAGAUCCAUUUACAGGUGGUGGUCGUUAUGUUCCAGGUUCUUCUUCUGGAUCAGACAUGUUAGCUGCUGCAGAUCCUUUUACAGGUUCGGGUCGUUAUGUUCCUGGCUCAACAACAAGCACUGGAGUACCUUCAGCUGGAGUUGACCGAUUUAUAGGUAGUGGUAUCUUCCAAUCAGCCCCAUUUAAAACACUAAAUAUAUAUUUUCCCAAGAAGGAAGCUGUCACAUUUGACCAGGCCAACCUGACACAAAUAUUGGGUAAAUUAAAAGAACUUAAUGGAACUGCACCUGAAGAACAGAAGUUAACUGAAGAUGACUUGAUACUUCUUGAAAAGAUACUGUCUCUAACGGGUAAUAGCUCUGCAGAAGGACCCACAGCUCACCAGCUUCAGACUUUGUGGAAAGCUGUUAACUGGCCUGAAGAUAUCGUCUUUCCAGCACUUGACAUUCUUCGGUUGUCAAUUAGGCAUCCUGCUGUGAAUGAGAAUUUCUGCAAUGAAAAGGAAGGUGCUCAGUUCAGCAGUCACCUCCUCAAACUUCUGAAUCCUAAAGGAAAACCAGCAAACCAAUUGCUAACACUCAGGACUCUUUGCAAUUGUUUUAUCGGCCAGGCAGGACAGAGGCUCAUGAUGUCACAGAGGGAAUCAUUACUAUCACAAGCAAUAGAACUGAAAUCAGGCAGCAAUAAGAACAUUCAUAUUGCACUGGCUACGUUGACCCUGAACUACUCUGUUUGUUUACAUAAAAACCAUAAUAUUGAAGGUAAAGCUCAAUGCCUGUCAGUAAUCAGCACAGUCUUGGAAGUUGUGCAAGACCUUGAAGCCACUUUUAGACUCCUUGUGGCUCUUGGGACACUGAUCAGUGACGAUUCAAAUGCUGUGCAAUUAGCCAAGUCUUUAGGAGUUGACUCUCAAAUAAAAAAAUAUGGCUCAGUAUCAGAACCAGCUAAAGUAAGUGAAUGCUGUAGGUUUGUCCUUAAUUUGCUGUAAUUGUUUUUACUAUGUGGGGACCUAAAGUUAUGUCUGAUUAGUGCUUUUUUUUUUUUCAUAUUUUACAUGACUGGAUAUAAUUGAAAAAUACUGUGGAUGAAGUAAAACUUAAUUAAGUUCUGUUGAGUGGGAGGGAAAACAAAUAAACAAUUUUUGCACUAA